CGGCCGCGCAUCCGCUCGGCCCCUUGACUCGCUGCGCGCGCGGGGAGGUGGCGGCAACGGCCGUAACGGCCGCGGCUCUUCCGCGGGCCGCCCGGCGCUUCGGCGGGAGAGGGAGCGGGAGAGCGAGCGCCCACCUCGCCGGGCGGAGGGGCCGCAGGGAGCCUUCCUGGGAUGACGCAGAGGCCGGGUGAGGAGCGUGAGGCGAGGUCUAGAUUCCCCUCCCCUCUAAUGCUGAUGAAGGCUCCAAGUUCAAUUUCUUUUUAGAGAAGAAGAUGUGGCCAGUUCAGUUUUCCUUCUCUCAAUGCCAUCUUAAUCACAGAAAUUUCAUGUGAUACAGUAUCAUCAUGGUGGAUGUAGGGAAAUGGCCAAUAUUUACUUUACUGUCGCCUCAAGAAAUAGCAUCUAUUCGAAAAGCAUGUGUAUUUGGUACAUCAGCCAAUGAAGCUAUAUAUAUAACGCACAAUGAUGAGGUGUUUGUUUUUGGACUGAAUUGCAGUAAUUGUUUGGGAACUGGAGAUAAUCAGAGCACAAUAGUACCAAAGAAAUUAGAAGUCUUAUGUGGAAAGAAGAUUUCCAGUCUCAGUUAUGGAAGUGGACCACAUGUUGUACUUUCCACUGAAGAUGGUGAAGUUUAUGCUUGGGGACAUAAUGGUUACAGCCAGCUUGGGAAUGGCACAACCAAUCAAGGCAUUACUCCUGUUCAAGUUUGCACAAAUCUGUUAAUAAAGAAAGUGGUGGAAGUAGCUUGUGGCUCUCAUCAUUCCAUGGCGUUAUCAUUUGAUGGGGAUCUAUAUGCUUGGGGCUAUAACAACUGCGGUCAAGUUGGAUCUGGAUCUACAGCAAACCAGCCAACUCCUCGCAGAGUUUCAAACUGUUUACAGGGUAAAAUGGUAGUUGGCAUUGCUUGUGGUCAGACAUCCUCCAUGGCUGUAGUGAACAAUGGUGAGGUUUAUGGCUGGGGUUACAAUGGUAAUGGUCAGCUAGGUCUUGGAAACAAUGGCAAUCAACUAACACCAUGCAGAGUGGCAGCAUUACAUGGUGUAUGCAUACUCCAGAUUGCCUGUGGCUAUGCGCACACACUAGCACUAACAGAUGAGGGCUUGCUCUAUGCCUGGGGAGCUAACACUUAUGGGCAGCUGGGAACUGGCAAUAAAAGUAACCAGCUAAGCCCGGUACAGAUCAUGAUGGAAAAAGAAAGGGUUGUGGAGAUUGCAGCCUGCCACUCAGCUCACACUUCGGCUGCCAAGACCCAGAGUGGCCAGGUGUACAUGUGGGGCCAGUGCCGUGGCCAGUCUGUGAUCCUUCCCCAUCUCACUCACUUUGUCUGCACUGACGAUGUGUUUGCUUGCUUUGCUACCCCUGCCGUUAUGUGGCGUCUUCUAUCAGUAGAGCAUGAAGACUUUCUCACAGUAGCAGAGUCUCUGAAGAAAGAGUUUGACAGCCCAGAAACCUCAGACCUAAAGUUCCGUGUGGAUGGGAAAUACAUCCAUGUUCACAAAGCUGUUCUGAAGAUCAGGUGUGAACACUUCAGAACCAUGUUCCAGUCAUACUGGAAUGAGGACAUGAAGGAAGUAAUAGAAAUAGACCAGUUUUCUUACCCUGUGUAUCGUGCCUUUCUUGAAUACUUGUAUACAGACAGUGUUGACCUUCCGCCUGAGGAUGCUAUAGGCCUUUUGGAUUUGGCUACUUCUUAUUGUGAAAAUAGACUGAAAAAACUAUGUCAACACAUUAUCAAGAGAGGAAUUACUGUGGAAAACGCAUUUUCAUUGCUCUCUGCUGCUGUCAGAUAUGAUGCAGAGGAUUUAGAAGAAUUCUGCUUUAAGUUUUGUGUCAACCAUUUGACAGAAGUGACACAAACUGCAGCAUUUUGGCAAAUGGAUGGUCCUCUGCUAAAGGAAUUCAUUGCUAAAGCCAGUAAAUGUGGAGCCUUUAAGAAUUGAAACAACAGGCUGUAAGUUUUGGGUGACUGCAUUUUUUUUUCCAGUUGGAAUGAUGUACAGUUCUGCCAGCCUGUUACAGGUAAAAGAACUAAACAUAAUCUGGUCUCUUGUAUCAGAAAAUGUGAAAGUCUGUAUUAAAAAAACAAAAAACAACAAAAAAACAAAAACACCAAAACCAAAUGUUCUGUGCGCUCAAUAAGAAUAAAUUGUUGUGUUUGGAGGGGGGGGAGGGGAAGAAGAAGUCAAGCAAAAUAGUCGCUUGCAUUUAGCAACUCAGGAUGUUGGAACCAGCUCAGGACUUCAAAUGGAGGGAGAAAAAUUGCAGCGUGCAAAAGAUACCAAGUGGUGUUAAGGACUUGCUUUUCAGGCUAGGAAGUCUCAAUUCCAUCUGUUAAUAUUUUAAACUUAGUACUUGGGGUACUGGCCUUUUUGGGUUAGAGAAUAGUCUCACCUGAGCCACUGAACGAUGUCAUUUAAAACAUUAACUCCAUGGGAUUAGGACAAAGCAAAUGGCAUGAAUAUCUUCUAUUGCAGUUGCAUGAUUGUGAAUGAAUUUGCCACUUGCUGUGAGUAAUUAACCAACUGUAUUUCAGUGCUUAGAAAAAUGUGCAGAAAUUAUGUAUCCUCAAAGCCUACAUAAGUAACUUUGAAGAAAGGGGUAGCUAACAGAUCUAAUCGGCAAUAAAGUUCUAUAUUUGGGUAUACCUUAAUAUAAGUUGUAAUGUGUACUUUGUGUAAUCUGUACAGAAAUAUUUAUAAUGGUUAAUGAAAGAUUUACCUCUUUGGUGACAUCAGAUUAAAUUCAUUCCCCUGGAGGGGAGGGGAUUAAAACUGCUUGAAAGUGUGUGUUUUGUGUGUGUG